GGUUUAAAUAGCACCGGCCGGAACAAUCGACUGCCGAUCAACCCCGGAUACCUAUUUUCCUGUUGGGUCCGGGGUUUGCAAUGCGGGGGAAUUGGCGCGCCGAUCACUACUGCUUCCGCAACGCAGUGAGUAGCUGAGCUGUAGCUGAGCUCCUCCUUCGAUGCUUUAAGGCUGAGGGGCCAGUCACUUCGCGAUGUGUGCGGAGACGCUGAGCAGUAGUUUUCGUGGGUAAAGUCCCAGCAAUCUGUCGUGAUACAUUUCAUAUACAUCCCCAAUUUUAUCAGGCAGUGGGUUUACUUCACAAUGGAAUCGUCAAAACCCACCAACGAAAAGGUGGAGGAUGCGCGGUCACAGUUGUCCGCCAUUGAUAGCGACCGGGAACAGCGGUUAACAAGAAGCCUUCUUUUUAAGCUUGACACGAGGAUCCUCCCUAUGCUGGCUCUGCUGUUUCUGUGUUCCUUCCUUGAUCGCACAAAUGUUGGCAAUGCGAAGAUUAUUGGUCUUGAGAAAGACGUCAACAUCACUGACCAUCAAUACGAUGUCGGAUUGGCUGUUUUCUAUUUGACAUACGUUUGCAGUGAACUACCGAGUAAUCUGGCCAUUAAGAAAGUAUCGCCAAAGAUAUGGCUACCACUGCUGACGAUCGUUUGGGGCAUUAUAACGAUGUGCUUGGGCUUCGUCCGGAACUUUGCUGGCUUUGUUGCCGUUAGAGCACUACUGGGAGUUGCAGAAGGCGGAUUACUGCCUGGAAUGGUCUUGUAUCUGUCGUCUUUCUAUCGACGGAGUGAUUUGGCGCUGCGCAUCGGCUUAUUCUAUACAGCAGCAUCAUUAUCAGGAGCUUUUGGCGGCCUUCUCGCUCGUGGACUAGCCAUGAUUGGACCACGCAGCGGCCUGGGAGGUUGGAGAUGGAUUCUCAUAAUUGAAGGUCUUCUGACGGUCACCUGUGGUAUGUUGAGCUUCAUUGUGCUACCAAACAGCAUAGACACCGCCCGGUUCUUGAAGCCAGACGAGCGGAUAUUCGCGAAAGAAAGACUGGCGCGCGAUCGACCAUCGGCUCUCGAAGCAGAAGCUGUUGUCGCAGAUGAACAUGAAAGAUUGGACUGGAAGGAAGUAAAAAGAGGUAUUCUGGACCUCCAGAUGUGGCUCUCUGCAACUGCGUACUUCUCUAUUCUCGCUGGCCUGUAUUCCUUUGGCCUUUUCUUACCAACUAUAAUUAACGAACUCGGCAUAACGAAAAAUGCAAACGACACCCAGCUCUGGACUGUCAUCCCUUACGCUGUGGCAGCUGUCAUUACAGUCCUCGUCGCUUUUACUUCGGACCGUCUUCGCCUACGUGGUGUUAUUAUGCUCUUCGUCCUUCCUAUAGCCAUUGUCGGAUAUGCCGUUAUUGCUAACGUUGAUAACCCACAUGUCAAAUACGGCAUGACCUUUCUUAUGGCCACCGGCAUGUACGCAAGCGUGCCCUGUAUUUUGGUUUGGAACUCGAACAACUCAGCCGGGCACUACAAGCGAGCCACUACGUCUGCUAUGCAAUUGGCAAUAGCGAACUGCGGUGGCUUUGUCGCAACAUUCAACUAUCCCACGAAAGACGCACCACAAUACCAUCGUGGGCACACUAUCAUUCUUGGCCUGCUGGUAUUUUCAUGGUUCAUGAUACUAUUCAACGUUUUAUACUGCGCGAAGAUCAAUAAGGAUAAAAGACGAGGCAAAUACGAUCAGUACAGAGGAUACAAUGAUGAUAGAGAUCCUGCAUUUGUCAUGAUACUUUGAACCUGGAGCUAUUUGUUUACUGCCCAAGAUAUGUGGUCAGCAUUUGGAUGGUCUCUUUAAUUUACAUGAUGAAGAGCAACUGUAAUGUUACAAUAAUCCGGACAUAUGGUGAAGAGAUGUGAGCAUGCUGCGAGUUCGUUAACUUCCUGACAUAGAGCAAAUCCAUCACCGAUAGUGUUCUAUUCACCCAAAAUAAAUAGAAAACG